GUCAAAUCCACGUGCUGCCUACACAUAAAUACUACACAUUGUUGUGCUCAGCUUCUAUUCUCAAUUGAAGAACCCAUUUGCAUUCAGGCUUAGCUCGCUUACCACACCACACCAUAUGGCGGUUGCUGUAGCCAUGUUACCUCGUUGGUCGGUUUUUCUUCUUUUUCUGUUUGUCUUGUGUAUCUCAGGAGCAAAGGUUGUCACCAUUGAUGUACGUGCAGCCAAGAGUCUCAUCCAGACCGGUUCCAUUUAUCUUGAUGUUAGGACGGUGGAGGAGUUCAAGAAAGGGCAUGUGUAUGCAGAUAAUGUCCUUAACAUUCCAUACAUGUUGAAUACACCCAAGGGCAAGGUAAAGAAUGGAGACUUUCUGAAGGAGGUUUCAUCAGCUUGCAACAAAGAAGAUCAUCUCGUUGUGGGUUGUCAAAGUGGGGUGAGAUCUCUGUAUGCAACUGCUGAUCUUCUAUCUGAUGGUUUUAAGAAUGCGAAAGACAUGGGAGGAGGUUAUGUGGAUUGGGUUAAAAACAAGUUUCCAGUGAAUAUACCAGAGGCCAAAGAGGAGCUAUAAUAAGUAAUGGAUAGGAACAUUCAUAUUUCUUUCUAAAUGGUUUCAUCACGGAGAUACCACAUCCAUCCAUAUGUAUAUGUACUACUUCAGAGAGUUCAUUAGUUCUACUUACAAUACUUCAUUUCAAUCCCUGCGGCUAUGUUUCCAAUUAUAUUUGUAUCUAUUCCUCCAACUUACUAACUUACUACCAGGCAUAUGAUAAAUUCUACUGAUAUUAAUCGCCGUUUCUAAAUGGAAAAAAAA